CUAGGGACGCGUCGGUGUAGCCGCAAUGGAUCAGGACGAUGGAAUGACGGCCUUGGACAACAUCGUCACGCAGUUCAACACCUACGAAGACUUCCUGGACUCGCAGAUCACUACGGUCGACCUGUACUACCUGGAGGACGAAGGCCUGGCUCGCCAAUUGGUGGAGCUAGGCUACCGUGGGACAGGGGAAAUCGUGAAAAGGGAAGACUUCGAAGCGAGAAAGGCAGCCAUUGAGAUUGCAAGACAGGCUGAAAGAACACAGAAAAAGACACUGACAAGUGCUGGUAAGGACCUGCACGAUAACUUCCUGAAAGCCCUGGCCAUGAGGGAAGAGGACAACCGCACCGGGAAACUGAGCGUGAUUCUCGCAGUGAGCCUGAGGAGAGGUGGCAAGAAGGGAGCUAAGAAGAAAGUGGUUGAUCCAUUUUCUAAGAAAGACUGGUAGGCUGUGACUGCUCCAGUAAUGUUCAAUAUAGGAAAAACAUUAGUCACAAGGACUCAAGAAGUCAAAAUUGUAUCUGGUGACCUCAAGGGUUGUGUGUUUGAAGUGAGCCUUGCCGAUCUACAGAAUGAUGAAGUUGCCUUUAGAAAAUUCAAGCUAAGUACUGAGAAUGUUCAGGGGGAAAGUCUGACUAAUUCCCAGGGCAUGGAUCUUAGUCGGGACAAAAUGUGCUCCAUGGUCAAAAAGUGCCAGACCACAACUGAAGCUCAUGCUGAUGUCAAGACGACCGAUGGGUGUUUGCUCCAACUUUUCUGUGUUGGUGUCACUAAAAUAUGCAACAACCAGAUUAGAAAGACAUCACAUGCACAGCACCAGCAGGUCCUCCAGAUCCAGAAGAAAAUGGUGGAAAUCAUGCCCCGAGAAGUGCAGACAAAUGACUUGAAGCAAGCAGUUAGUAAACUGAUUGCAGACAGCAUUGGGAAAGGCAUGGAGAAGACUUGACAGUCCAUAUAUCCUCUCCAUGAUGUCUUUAUUACAGAAGUAAUAAUGGUGAAGAAACCCAGCUUUGAGUUGGGAAAGCUCAUGGAGCUCCAUGGUGAAGGUAGUUCUGGCAACACAACUGGUGACGAGGCAGGAACUAAAGUUGAACUAAUUGAUGGAUGUGAACCACCAGCCCAAGGAGCUGCCGAAAAUCUAGAUUUUUAA